AUGUACUGUCUACUUUUAAUUUCAGGUGGUGGAAAAAUAAGAAACAAAAUGAAACCUUUCCGAAGUGUCUGUCUUUUUAAGAGCCUGCUUGCCAAUUGCUACUAUCACAGUCAACUUCACAGCUGUCUUCUCCCUCCGGUUGCAAAGAAGAUAGGUUAUGUGGUGGGACUGCACAACUGUGGAUUUUGGAGGCCAAAAUCUUUAUUGGACAUGGCUGGAUUCACUCUGUCUUUUAACAGCCGGCGUAGGAAAAAACAUCAGGAUUCCCGAGCAUUGUGGAAGCAUGAGGCUGUGCAGAAGUAUUUGGAGGCUCUAAGCAAGGAAUACCAGCAGGUUAGUCAUCUGUUAAAUGCUGACUCAAUAAAUGACUUUGAGCAAAAAACCCUGAGGAGAAGAUGUGCUGAUCUGUCCCCCAUUGCAGCUGCAUUUCAAGAAAUCAAAGAGGCUGAAAGGGAAGUUCAGGAGUUAGAAGCUAUGUGCAGAGAGCUAGACAGCAGACAUGAGAAACAGCUUCUAGAGCUUGCCUUAGAAGAGAAGGAAACCCUGGAUAAAAAAUUCAACAUGUUGUGCAGAAAGCUUUUCCAGCUUCUAGUGCCAAAGGAUAAAUAUGAUAGAAGUCAUGUCAUAUUAGAAGUGACAGCUGGCAGAACAACUGGAGGAGACAUCUGCCAACAGUUCACUAAAGAAAUGUUUGAGAUGUACCAGAACUAUGCAGACUAUAAACAUUGGACCUUUGACAUUGUGAACUACACUCCGGCUGAGAUAGGUGGGUUGCAUCAUGCCGCUGCUCAUAUUUCAGGAGAUGAUGUCUACAGGCAUCUGAAAUAUGAAGGAGGGACUCAUCGAGUCCAGCGAAUCCCUGAGACAGGCCUAUCAUCAAGAAUGCAGCGUAUUCACACUGGGACAAUGUCUGUUAUUGUCCUCCCUCAGCCAGAGGAGGUUGAUGUUAAAGUGGAUCCCAAAGAUUUGCGUAUAGAUACAUUCAGGGCCAAAGGAGCAGGAGGGCAACAUGUUAACAAAACUGAUAGCGCUGUGAGAAUUGUACACCUUCCCACAGGACUAGCAGUUGAGUGCCAGCAGGAGCGAUCACAGCAGAUGAACAAGGAAAUAGCUCUGCGGACACUGAGAGCUAAGCUGUACCAGCAGAUCAUUGAAAAACAACUAAGUCAAGAGCAGAGUGCCAGAAAACUGCAGUUGGGAACAAGAGCUCAGUCAGAGAGAAUUCGUACUUAUAACUUCACCCAGGACAGAGUCACUGACCACAGGAUCUCGUAUGAUGCACGCAAUAUCAAGGAAAUUCUAAGUGGGAAAGAAGCACUGGAUAAGUUAAUCAACAGACUACUGGAGUUUGCAGAGAUAGAGGCUGUCACCGAAUAUCUAGAAAAUUUGCAGGCUUUAGAACGAGGAGGCUGCUGAAGACCUUGUGUACAGUUAAAGCAGAAGUGUUGUGUUCGGUAGCAAAAUAAAAUGGAUGCAUUUGUUCGAUGAUAGAUUGGUUAAAAUCUAUGCCUCUGUUUUUUAGUGUGUGAUACUACUCUUUUUUUAUAUUUUGGUGCAAAUGGGUUGAAUAUAUUACAGCAGCCCUAGCAGAAAAGAACCUUGGAGUACUGUGUACACAUACCUUCUGUCUUGGCAGUGUGGCUUUGUUAAGCUGGUUCUUCUCUUGACCAUAUUGCAGCUGGGAAGAUACAGAAUCACAGUGGUGGAGCAGAAGAAAUAGCACAGAGUGCAAGUUUGUUUCGGGCAUGAGAGAUGUUCCUCUCCAGGUGAAAGAACCUAAGCUCCCCAAACAUAGUCUAGAAUCUGGCCUCAUGAAUACUACUGAUUUUUAUCCAUUGAUUCGGUGAGCUUCCUAAAUGUAGUCCCUUAAAAAUAACUCUGUAUUAUGAUGCUUUAUUUUUUUAGAGUGAGUGUACAAAAGCAUAGGGAACGAUCUCAGGCAAGGGGCCAGAAUCUUAAGAGAGAAGCCUGUCAGACUUCCAGCCAUUCUUGGGUCAGCUUAGAGUGGGUCUGGACCACAUGCUGUGGUGGAGUGUAAAAGUACAUGUUCUAGUUUCAAAUUAAGUUGAUGAGAGUCUGGAAGGAGUUUAGCAGUGAUAACAGGCAGCUCCCUGCUUCUUGGCAGAGAAACAGAGUUCAUAGCAUAGAUGCAGUUUAGCUGCAGGUAGCUCUGGAAUUCAGUUUCUGCCGUGAUGUCUCUGGGAAUAUGUGCCUGUCUCUGUGGGUGAUCCAGAUAUCUGUGGAGCACACUCGGCUUUAAUAGGACUCGUGUUCAUGUUUUCACCUAAGCGCAUGUUGUGCAGUAUGCUGACAGGCACACGUGCGUAGGCAGUCAGUAGUUGUAUGCAGCGAUUCAGGAAUGUGCACAUGUUUAAUGUUACACAAAAAUAUGCGAGCGCUCUGCUGAACUGGGUUGACUUGCUAGAUCACGGUGUUCUCUUUUUAUCCUGCUCUUCCCAGGUUAUGCUAUGAAGCUGCUCUGUGCAAUCUUUUGCAUGCGAAGAAUCAGUUCAUUGUUACAAUUUAAAUUACGCCUUGUGGUUGAUUUAUAUUUGCACAUUUAUUUUGUGAUCAUGAAUGAUAUAGGACUGAGAAAA